AUGGGCGACGACUUCAUGGAUGACGAUGAGGAUUAUGGCUUUGAAUACGAGGAUGACAGUGGAAGUGAGCCUGACGUUGACCUUGAAAAUCAGUAUUAUACGGCAAAAGGGCUGAAAAGCGAAGGGAAAAUCACAGAAGCGAUUGCUAGCUUCGAAAAAGUACUCAAUUUGGAACAGGAAAUGGGUGAGUGGGGUUUCAAAGCAUUGAAACAAAUGGUCAAAAUAACAUUCAAUUCUAAUCAGUUCGAAGCGAUGCUGCAAUACUAUCAGAAACUACUGAAAUAUAUUAAAACAGCCGUCACGAAGAAUUAUUCUGAGAAAUCAAUCAACGCUAUCUUGGACUACAUUUCAACGUCUAAACAGAUGGACCUGCUGCAGAAGUUCUACGAAACGACCUUGGAUGCUCUUAAGGACGCAAAGAAUGAACGACUUUGGUUCAAAACAAACACUAAGCUUGGGAAGCUCUAUUUUGACAUGCGUGAAUUUCAGAAGCUAGAAAGGAUUUUGAAACAAUUGAAAAGCUCAUGUAGGACAGAACAAGGUGAGGAAGAUCAGAAAAAAGGUACACAGCUGUUGGAGAUCUAUGCACUUGAGAUUCAAAUGUACACUGAACAGAAAAAUAACAAGGCUCUUAAAAAGCUGUACGAACAGGCGCAGCAAGCCAUCCAGUCUAAGUCAGCGAUACCACAUCCACUCAUUCUUGGGGUGAUUAGAGAAUGUGGCGGCAAAAUGCAUCUUCGUGAAGGUCAGUUCGAUCGUGCACAUACGGAUUUCUUCGAAGCGUUCAAAAAUUAUGAUGAAAGUGGAUCACCCAGGCGAAUAACCUGUCUCAAGUAUUUGGUACUUGCAAACAUGCUCAUUAAAUCCGACAUUAAUCCUUUCGAUAGCCAGGAGGCCAAACCUUUCAAGAAUGAACAAGAGAUCGUAGCUAUGACGGCAAUGGUAGCAGCUUAUCAGGAAAACAACAUAGAUGAAUUCCAAAGAAUCUUGGAACGUAAUCGCGAAAGUAUAAUGCAAGAUCCAUUCAUUCGGGAACAUAUUGAAGAGCUUUUGACGAAUAUUCGAACACAGGUUUUGUUACGAUUGAUCAAGCCUUACACGAGGAUACGACUGCAAUAUCUUUCUCAACAAUUGCGGGUCUCAAUAGCGGAAGUUAAGAGAUUGCUCAUAGACACUAUUCUUGAUGAAGGACUUCCUGCCAGAAUAGAUGAGACUGACAAUAUUCUUUACGUGAAGCCAACCGGAGAACAUAAACAAGACUCCUCUCUCUCGAUCUCCGCAAUGAACGGAUGGAUAGAUCAAAUAGAUAAAGUCUUAGUGGCAAUUGCAACGAGGAACAAGGAAUAA